CAGAUAAUGAUACUUGGACAGAUAUUACUUCUUUUUACUUUCUUGAUCAACCAGGAGAGCGGUGUUGUCACAUAUCCCUUUGAAAAACCAGAAAUAUACACUGUUGACGCCUGCCCAAACAACCGGACAGAAUGGGAGUCAGCUUCAAGGCGACUUAAUUGUUCAAUCCAUUCUACUGACUUUAAAAAUAGAUACCACUGUGUGGCUACAAGAGACCUAACACAACUUGUUGAGUUCUGUUAUCCACAUACCAGGAGCAUAUUUGGAAAAGAUUUGUGUGUUAUAUUUGAACCACCAUCCACACUGGACAGUUAUACCUGUCUUCAUUUCACCAAGGGAUGCCCUGAUGCACAUUAUUUCACUGACCAAUUAUAUCAAUAUCCAAAUUGUAUCAGGAUUGAACCUACUAUGAAGUGUUUCAGUGUUGAUGAAUUGUGUUUGAAGAGGAAAGGAACUACGAUGGGAAAUAAAAAUGGGUCCUCAAGCCAGACAUUUACAGAACAAAAUGCCACUAUACAAGCACAAGAAAAGAAGAAUUCGAUACCAAUACUAGUUCCUACGUUCACUGUACUGGGGAGUCUUUUUGGAAUUGUAGUAUUUGCUAUGAUUUUGUUCAAAAAGAAUCAGUUCCCAAGGUUUUUUAACAGAAGACACCAAGAUAAUGAAUUCCCACAUGAGCAUCAAGUCAAAAGCAAACGGGAAGAUAAAGACAUAUCAGUUGAACAAUGCGAAAAGGGAGAGGAAAGAAAGGAAAAUCCUGGCAACAACGAAAGGAAAAUAGCCUUCUUUCUUGGUGAAUACUAA